AUGGUCUCAUUAGAGACGGCCAACAUACCAAUAACACCACCAGCUCAGACGACCGACAUGGUUUCCGAGGCACCACCAUCCCGUGGCCCGCCACCUCCUCUUGCAGCAGCUACACCUUCCGUCACAACCCAGAGCCAAAUACCAAUACCCAUGCUGAAUAGCGUAACCCCGCCGUUGUUCCCCAACGACGGCGGAUCCAAUCCGUCCAUCGCACCUCCUAUACCGCUGUUUUUUCCUAAUACCGACGGAUUAAAUAACGCUAGUUACAGCCCCUUACCACCACCCAUCCACACCACAAACGAGCCACGACAAACGACACUCAUAACACCACCGUUAAAUGGGAUGCCCUCGCUCAUGCACACAACGCCUGCGAAUAACACCGCUAAUGGCCCAAGCGUCGUUUUCCACGCACAAAACCAUCCACCGCUAGUGACAGGAGCCAUGCCGGCACCGCCAUUCACGCCCUAA